UGUGUUGUUAAAGAUUUUCUUCAAUGUUUAAAAGGAAUUUGCUUGAUAAAUCCAAAGGAAAAAGCGAUAAAAGUUUCUUUCAAAGGAAGUAAUUAUUUUCUGUUUUCUCGUCCCGAAACAAUUGAAGAAAUAUUAAAAAGUUAUAACACGAUUAACAAAGAUACCUUUUAUAAUAAGUUCCGUUUUUUAAUCGGAACAGGACUUAUUACUAGCUCUUACAACAAAUGGAAAACACGGCGGAGGAUGUUAAAUCCUGCAUUUCAUUUUCAAAUUCUCGAAGAUUUCCAAGAAAUCUUUUAUAGAAAGUCGGAAACUCUAGUGCAGAAGUUAAAAGAUAAACGUGAAUCCGAGGUGUUUGAUAUAAUUCAAUUAACUUCACGUUGCACUCUGGAUGUAAUUGCGGAGUCGGCGAUGGGGAUUGAUAUAAACGCUCAAGAUGAUUCCAACACCAAAUAUGUACACGCUGUCGAAUGGCUUACAUCACAUUCUGCUGAUUUUAUUGUGCAACCUUGGUUUUGGUUUCGUCCUUUCUCUUACUUAAACCCAUUGAUAAAAGUCAUCAAAAAGUGUAGAAGAACAGUUCAUCAACUUCAUUUAAAGGUAAUCAAAGAAAGAACAGAAUUAAUCAAACGAAAUCAACACAUGGAUGAUUUUCAAGGAGAGGAAAACACUUUAGGAAUAAAGAAGAAAAGAGCUUUUCUGGAUUUGCUUCUAUUUCAUCAUUUGUCAGAAAAAACUCUUUCUGAAAAAGAUGUCAAAGAGGAAGUUGACACAUUUAUGAUUGCUGGAUUUCAUUCCGUAACCGUUGGUAUCGGCUGGACUUUAUAUCUUUUAGGAUUGCAUCAAGACAUUCAAGAAAAGGUGUUUAAGGAAUUAAAAGAAAUUUUUGCCGACGGAGAAGAUAGAAUGAUAAAUACAGAAGACUUAAGAAAGAUGAAUUACUUGGAAUGUGUAAUUAAGGAAUCGAACAGAAUUUAUCCACCUGUUCCAUUAAUUAUGAGAAGAAACGUUUCAGAAAUGAAAGUUGGAGACUUUAUAUUACCACCAAACUCUUCGAUUAUGAUAAAUAUUCACGCACUUCAUCACAAUCCGACCGUCUACGAGAAUCCAGAAAUUUUCCAUCCGGAUCGAUUUCUUCCAGAGAAUUUCCAGAAACGUCAUCCGUACGCAUUUUUACCUUUUUCUGCCGGUCCACGUAAUUGCAUCGGUCAAAAAUUCGCCAUGAUGGAGAUGAAGACUGUCCUGGCCAACGUCAUUCGUAAUUUUAGAGUUUAUUCAUUGGAUCCUCGCGACAAGAUGCUCGAAAGUUUAGAUGUCACUCUGCGACCAAAAUAUGGAAUAAGAAUGUAUAUUAAACGGCGAUGAGGAUUUAAGGCAUUUGCGUGUGACAUUAUCACUAUUACUUCUGAAUUAAAGUAAACUUUUCUAAAGUUUAAACGUGAUUUCUUUGAUUUGAGAUGCACAGUCGAGAUGGAUCGUUGGCGUAAGUGCAUCUCAAACCAGAUUGUGGAUGACCUAGAAGAAUUUUUUUCUGGUUGGAAGUGCGGUUAUUCCGAAAUAGUAUGUUAUAUCCUAAUUAAUUUCAAAUUUUUUUCGGCCAAGAUAUUUUUUUUUCAAAUGCAAAGAGAUGACAGAAGAGUGCAUGGUCUAGAUUGUAUGAGGAUGUGUUGUUUCAUUUUAAUUUUUGGAUGUUAUACACCAGUGGUUCUCAACCUUUUUUGUUGAUGUACCCCAUUAGCCC